UUUUAGGCAUGCUCUUUGUGGAUGUCAUUUGAGGUGUAUGUAACAGGGGUUCUAGUUCAGAUAGCUGCUUUUGUCUCCUUUUUGCUCAAUUCUCAUGGUUAUUGCAUCAUGUGUGAGCGUCUUUUUUUAAAUGAACCUCGUUCAACUGCUGCACUUGCAUGUGUCUUUUACUUGACUUUAGUUGGUUACAAGGAUUGUAUGCCAUACUUCUCUGUUCUUCUGCUACUAAAUUAUUUUAUAUCAUUCUAAAUAAUAUUCCACCAUAUAUCCCAAAAUCUAUUAGUGUUGCGAGAACAAUUGAGCAUUAUAGAAAAUGAGGAUAUUCAAGCAAUGCAUGAUGCUGUGUAUAAAAAGUACACAAUGUUCAAGAAAUUUCAGGGUGCAAUGCAAAUAGUAGCUGCGGUAGAAACUGUGAUAUAUAUGAACAUGGAUGAGUCUUCAAAGAAUUACUGGCUUCGUUUAUUGAUCAGAGAGUGGGCACAAUCCUGCAUAUUUGCGUAGAUUAAUUGGGUAUGGAUUUUCAGGUCACAAGAUUUGGCACCAAACUUCUCUGUUAUGCCUACCACAAAACGUACAGGCGAGACCCUGGUGCCUCCCAUAUCCAGUAUUGCAAGUUUUCCAUCUUCACAUGGUGCAGAAGUUAAGAUUGCAACUCCAACUUCUACUUCUCACAAUGAAAGCUUCAAAGAUGAAGUAUUGUUGGCAUGGGCACGAUGA